AAGAAAACAAAAAGUGGUCGGAGAGUUCAAUCUUAAGAUUUGUCUGAAUGGCCAUGCUCACUGAAAUCGCCACUCUUGAGGAGAAGUACAUCGAAUUGUGCAAGAAGCAUGGAACCGUACCCAACACUUCCAUUUUAUCUGCUUUCUUUGAGGCGGAGGAUAAAAAGUCAAGGAACCAAAGAUGCAUUAUGAACAUUUUAGUUGACAGAGUGUUGUACGAUGACUUUCACCCGCUUCUUGAGUUAUGCAAUGAGAUCAACGCAUCUGAGGUAGAAGGGAUUGAAAUCUCUGUGAGAUCCUCUUGUUCUUUGGAAGAUCAGUAUGUAUUGUCUUUGAUACGUUCCGUCAAUCAAAAACUUCGUCUUGUUGAUGUACAUGAUUGUUUUGGGACAAGCUUCUGGCGGGACGUGUUCUCUCAGGGUUUGACCUGCGAAGUUUUGAAUGUGAGGUCAUUGCAUUCCCGUAAGCUUAACAUCGUUGGAGAGUUCGCACAGCUUCACACCCUUGUACUCGAUUCCAACCGUGUAACUAUUUUUGGGGAAGGCUGUUUUUCUUGCAUGCCCAACUUGACUUGUCUUUCUAUGUGCGACACUGUUGUCUCUGAUCUUUGGACAGCUAGUGCUGCUCUCUUGAAACUCCCCUCUCUUGAGGAGCUCCGGUUCCAAAUUUGGAUUUGUUGCAGUGACUCUUCUACCCCACUUAAACCGCAAUCAUCGUCUGAUGAAAACACAUUUAAUGAAUCAAGCUCUCUCAGUGAAUCAGACUUUUCAGGCGUUUUUGAACAGAUGGAUCCUGAGCAAGAUGAUUUGGAUUCACAUAUGGAGUUGAAUGCAGAAGUAUUCAUGAGAGAACAAGUUAGGAAAGGGAAGAUACUGGACCAACCCAACGACGUAGGGUUGAAGUACAUUUCCACUAAAGCAUCACCUAUAUGUUCCAAAAAGCAUUACAGGAUCUACAUGAUAAACUCUCUUCCCAAACUCAAAGUGUUGGACAACUUGGCUAUCAGAAAGAGUGACAGAGACAGGGCCACUGAAACAUAUUCCGAAAACUUUGAGCACUUACCGUACAAGAGAAAGAACAAGGAGAAUGUAGUUAGAGUCCUCGAGAAGCGUGAGACAAGAUCAAGCAAAUGGAGAUCUCAGAGUUCCUACACAAGGUCUCUUUGUGCGGCUAGGAUGGGAUCGUCUGCCUGGCCUCUCUUGCAUUCGAUUCCUUCUAGUACGUUUCAAGAUGAAAGCAGGAGUUUAAGUCCAAGGCAGUUUGAAUACCACCCGCUUGAUCCCGGCCUCAUGGUGUAUGGGACUUUGGACGGAGAAGUGGUUGUUCUUAAUCAUGAAAGCGGGAAGAUUCUACGUUACAUUCCAUCUCAUGGAGCUCAGAGUAGUAUCUUGGGACUUUGCUGGCUCAAGACCUAUCCAUCAAUGGUUAUAGCUGGCUCAGCCAACGGCUCAUUGAAGUUAUAUGACAUCCAAAAAGCGUCAUCAACACUUAAUACAACCACUCACACCACUUCUGGUUCAGUUACCUUUGAUGAGUUUGACCAAUUAACCUCAGUUCAUGUUAAUUCCACGGACAAACUGUUUCUCGCUAGCGGAUACUCAAAGGACGUGGCGUUGUAUGACAUUGGUAGCGGAACACGCCUCCAGGUUUUCGCUAACAUGCAUCAAGAGCACAUCAACGUGGUGAAAUUCUCGAACCAUUCCCCGUCAGUUUUCGCGACUUCUUCUUUCGACAAAGAUGUUAAGCUAUGGGAUUUGAGACAAGAGCCAUCACAGCCUUGCUACACGGCUUCUAGUAACAAAGGAAACGUGAUGGUUUGCUUUUCUCCAGAUGAUCGUUAUCUUCUAACAUCAGCCGUGGACAACGAGGUGAGGCAGCUGUUGACAGUUGAUGGAAGGCUCCAUUUGAAUUUUGACAUAGUCCCAACAGGAAGCUCCAUGAACUAUACUCGAUCAUAUUACAUGAAUGGUAAUGACUACAUUAUUAGUGGAAGCUGCGAUGAGAGUAUGGUCCGUGUUUGUUGUGCACAAACUGGAAGACGCCUUAGGGAUGUAUCUCUAGAGUUUGGCUUGCAGGGAAACGGCUCGGAAUUCUCCAUGAUGUUUGUUCAGUCUCUACGCGGUGAUCCCUUCAGGGAUUUUAACAUGAGUGUUUUGGCUACGUACACGCGACCUAGCUCAGUGUCUGAAAUAGUCAAGGUGAAUUUGCUAGCACCAAGAGAUAAUAUAGAAGAACAAUCUUGUGGUCUCCAUUGUUACCCCUCAAAUAGCAUGGGAGGCUAAGGAAACUUUUAACUACUGUAGUGUGUUCGGAAAAUGUAUGAUUUUGGUAGAUGAAUAUUUGUUGUAAUAUACUACUGCUAUGUAUUUUUUUUUCUUUUUUGACCAAUACUAUUGCUAUGUAUAUUACCACAAAUCUCAAGAGAAG